GCCAAGGAGUCUGCACUGCACUGCUGCUGCUGCUGAUGCUGCUGCUGAUGCUGAGUCCUGUGCCGGAUUGAGCACGGAUGAAGUACAUUCCCUUGCUACGAUCAUUGUACUGUGAAGAACAUCGAGCCACUCGCUCCCUCGCGUUCAAUCUGGGGCUCACUUUUGCCGCAUUGUCUGGCACUGAAUAGUUUCACGAAAACCUCAGCCCGAGCUUGAAGCUCGCUUUUAGCGGCUGAGAGAGAGAGAUGUCGAAAUUCGGGCAAGUUGGACUCACUGUUCGAGCGUAGUUUCCAUGGGCUUUCAUCUUCUCAGUCAUCUUCUCAGACUCUUCCAACAUUCGAGCAGCUCUUGUCCAUGUUGGGAGAAGACUGACGAUCCGAAGUGAAUGCACCUGAUUUGGAGGUCGCACAGUCAGAGUUUCUCUAUAAGAAUGCCAGAAAAACUGGGUGCGAUCACAUUGGGCCUUUUAGCUGCAGCUUGGUUGCCACUGAGCUCAGACGGGAAGAGCUCAAGGUUUGAAUGAAUGAUCAGCUGCAGGGAGAAACCCACGAGCUCAACGCGGUCCAAAUCGUCGUCUAGAGAACUGGUUGGAAACAUUAAGCCUCAAAAUUUCCCUCUCUGAUCAGCAGCGGACAGAAAGGAUUACACAUCUCGAAGCAGAGCAUCGGAAGCAAGGAAGGAAGGACGUGAGAGAUUCUGUCAGCAGAGAGCAAGAAUGGCGAACCCGUUGAUGGAAGAAUAUUUGUGGCUGGUAGUAGUAGGGGCCUUCUUGGCCUUCUCAUUCGGCUGGGGAACUGGUGCCAACGAUGUCGCAAAUGCGUUUGGGACGUCCGUGGGAAGUAAGACGCUGACACUGAAGCAAGCCGUUAUUAUCGCGGCAAUCUUCGAGUUCGCAGGAGCCAUGCUCUUGGGGCGAGUGUCAACAAACACUGUGGCAUCUGGGAUUGCGGACAUACAAUCCUUCGAAAAUCAUCCUGAGGCGUACGCUUAUGGAAUGGUGUGUGCGCUGCUGGUGGGAAGCAUAUGGCUCAUCGUCACCUCCUACUACGGCCUCAAUGUCUCGUCCACCCACACCAUCAUCGGAGGCAUUAUCGGAUUCUCGCUGGUUUGGGAUGGAGCUGAUGCCAUCAAAUGGGCAGAGAAGGACCCGAACUCCUUCCCUCCUUACAAGGGGGUCAUCGCCAUCAUCCUGGCCUGGUUCGUGUCCCCUCUGCUGACCGGCGGAGUGGCUGCUUUUAUCUUCUGGGCUGUCAGAAGCAUCGUCCUCAGACGAGAAAAUGCCUACGAGCUCGCAUUCUACACCUUACCUCCGUUCGUUCUGCUCACCACUUGGGUCAAUAUCUACUUCGUGCUCACCAAGGGUGCAAGGAAGGCUCUCCGCAACGAUAACAGCUGGAGUGAUGGGAAAGCGGCCUGGGUUUCGAUGGUCAUAGCAGUCGCCUUCACUCUGAUCUCGAUCUUCGUUGGCAUUCCCCUUCUGAAGAAAAUGGCUCGCCGCCGGUUCGACAGUGAUGGAAGGCCAAUCGGCCCCACGCCAGAAGGAAACGAAACCUUCGAAACGGAGUUCGAGAGAAAUGUCGAGAGCGUGUCGGCGGUGAACUCCAAGAGAUACGCCGAGAAUGGAAUCAACCAUGACCUGGAGGAGAUUCCGCUGGACAACAAGAGAGUCCACGACAGAGGAGCACCCAUCGAGCCUGUGAGCAUGGCCUGGAUCGAGAGGGCCAGAAAGGCAGCAACUCACGGCGUGAAUGUCGACAUUCACAAGAGCGUGAAAGAAGACGAAGUACUCGACGCCAUGCACGAGAAUGCCGAGCGCUUCGAGCCGAGGGUGGAGUACGCAUUCAGUUACUUGCAGGUGUUCUCGGCCAUCUGUGUCAUAUUCGCUCAUGGGGCAGGAGAGGUCGGGUACAUGGCAGGCCCCAUGGCAGCGAUUUGGGAUGUGUACCAGAAAGGUGUGCUCGAAGAUACCGUGAGAGCAGAAGUGUGGAUCAUUCUGAUCGCUGCAACUGGUCUCGUCAUCGGUCUAGCCACUUAUGGAUACAACGUCACCCGAGCUAUGGGUGUCAAGCUCGCCAAAAUCACUCCCACUAGAGGAUUCUCAGCAGAGCUCGCCACCGCCUUCGUCAUCAUGAUUGCAUCCCAAUACGGUCUGCCGACAUCUUCGAGUCAGUGCAUUACCGGAGCAAUCAUCGGUGUGGGUAUUCUGGAAGGCUCUGAUGGAGUGAACUGGUCCCAGUUUUUGAAGCAGUUCGCUUCCUGGGUGGCUACCCUCUUCGUCAUCGGUCUGUUCACAGCAGUCGUUUUCGCUCAGGGUGUAUUUUCCCCGGGUCAUUUUGAUCAGACUACUUGAUCCAUUGGGGAUUGAGCUCAAAGAGUGCCCUCCGGGAGAUCUGUCUGAUUCGAAUGGUGUGGUCCUGUCUCUCUGUCAACAGGGUGUGUACGCUCCCAGCAAGUUUCAUGCAGGCGAGCAUUUUUCAUGAUGCGUGGAUCUGUUCGCCCUCUUCAACUUCAGAUUCUUCAACUAAUGCCAGUCAAUUCAGUGAACACAUUCAUCAGUUUCAUAACAGCGGCAGGAGGAAGUGGAAGAGGACCCCGAAGAGCUUUACACUAGAACCUAAGCCGUUGAUCUUCCUCUCGUCUUCUACCCUCCCAUUAAUUGUGAUUUACUCAUUCAUUCAUUCGUUCACACCUCGAGGCUCAGUGUACAAUUGACUUGAGAAUGCAAGUCACCAAAGUCCAUUAGGGAUCUCCGGCCUCGUUAGCUUCAUUCUGAACAUAACCCACUUAACUCGAACACAAGUCUCAUUUAUCAGAACUUGUACAAAUAGGUACAUCCCUUCAAUGCAGUCCAGUACGGGUGACCGAUCAGGUCUUGAAGGGGGCAAGUGUAUAUUUAUUUUAACAAUCAGUCAAUCAAUCAAUCCAC